AUGUCCUCUCAACUCCCUCCCUUUUGUGUUCCCUCUUCUCCCUCUCCCCUUCGUGUCCUCUCUUCUCCCUCAUCCCUGCGUGUCCCCUCUACUCGAUCUCCCCUUCGUGUCCUCUCUUCUUCCCUCAUCCCUUGGUGUCCUCUCUUCUUACUCACCCCUUUGUGUUCUCUCUACUCCCUCUCCCCUUCGUGUUCACUCUUCUCCCUCUCCCCUUCGUGUUCACUCUUCUCCCUCUCCCCUUCGUGUUCUCUCUUCUCCCUCCUCCCUUUGUGUUUUCCCUUCUCCCUCUCCCCUUCAUGUCCUCUCUACUGCCUCUCCCCUUCGUGUUCUCUCUUCUCCCUCUCCCCUUCGUGUCCUCUCUACUCCUUCCCUUUGUAUCCCCUCUUUUCUCCAACCCCUACGUGUCCUCUCUUCUGCCUCUCCCCUUCGUGUUCGCUCUACUCCCUCCUCUUUCGUGUUCUCUCUUCUCCCUCUCCCCUUCGUGUCCUCUCUUCUCCCCUUCGUGUCCUCUCUACUCCCUCUCCCCUUCGUGUCCUCUCUUCUCCCUCUCCCCUUCGUGUCCUCUCUUCUCCCUCUCCCCUUCGUGUCCUCUCUUCUCCCUCUCCCCUUCGUGUUCUCUCUUCCCCCUCUCCCCUUCGUGUUUUCUCUUCUCCCUCUCCCCUUCGUGUUCUCUCUUCUCCUUUUCGUGUCCUCUCUACUCCCCUUCGUGUCCUCUCUACUCCCCUUCGUGUCCUCUCUACUCCCUCUCCCCUUCGUGUUCUCUCUCACACCUGUAUUCCCUCUUCUCUCUCUCCCCUUCGUGUUUUCUCUUCUCCCUCUCCCCUUCGUGUCCUCUCUUCUCCCCUUCGUGUCCUCUCUACUCCCCUUCGUACCUCUCUACUCCCUCUCCCCUUCGUGUUCUCUCUACUCCCUCUCCCCUUCGUGUUCUCUCUCACACCUGAAUUCCCUGUAAUAAGUAUUCAUGCUUUACCAUAG